AUGAGGACAGCUGAGGAUUCCUCUGGGACUGUCCUUCACCGCCUCAUCCAGGAGCAGCUGAGGUACGGCAACCUCACAGAGAACCGCACUCUCCUGGCAAUACAGCAGCAGGCCCUGCGUGGAGGAGGAAGCGGUGGCAGCCCACGGUCCUCCCUUGAGAGCCUCACCCAGGAGGAGAGCCAGAUGGUCCAGCAGUCCACACGGCAGGAGCCACAGGGCCAGGAGCACCAUGGCGACCACUUCUACCUGGAGAACAAUAUGUACCAUCUCUACCAGCCUCAGCACAAGGGAGAGGAGCUACCCACCUACGAGGAGGCGAAAGCGCAUUCUCAGUAUUACGCCUCGCAACGAGGCCAGCAGGUUGGGGUUGCCGCGCUCGGGGCACACGCUGAAGGUGGGCAACGCAGGGCCUACACCUCGGACGCCAGCAGCCCACACCAGGACGAGUCGCUGAAGGAGCUGAAGCACGGGCAUGUGAGGUCGCUCAGUGAACGGCUCCUGCAGAUGUCGCUUGAGAGGAACGGAGCCAAAGCUCAGAACCACAUGAGCUCCUCUCACAGCUACCCUCAGCUCUCUAGGCACCACCAUCUCUCUGUCCCUAGAGGGAAGCCCUCUGAGGCACCAGAAUCUCGAGGGCCUCCUCCAGAAUACCCCUAUGUCAUCCCUUCGCAGGAGGCACCAGGGGGUUACCUCCCAGACCCCAGGCAUCACUUCAGAGAAGGCCCAGCAUUUCAGCAUCCUGAAAUCAGGUAACCAAUCACACUGUUGCUCUUUACACACCCUCGUGUGUUUCAGAUGUUGGUGAAAGAUGGGAUGAUUCCACAAAGACUUAGGUGGUGGACUGGGUUAGUCAUGCAGUUGACACAAGGGUGGAAAUUCAUGAUUGGCAAGUGUUCGGAAGGUGCUUGAGGAGAACUGAUAAGUUGCUUUGCAUGGUUGUUCCGGUUCCUUUGGUUGGAAAGUACCUUCCCUUUUUCCAAGAAUGGAAGUGAUUUUGAAAUGUAAUGAAUGGAAGUGGGAUGUGGUAGAUGGGAGAUAACAGACUCAAAAAUUUGUGUACCUGAUCAGCUUGAGAGGUAUAAACUAGCUUCCAUUGCUGUUGUUUUUCCAUAUUUACCUUUAAUUGUGAAAACCACCUUCCUUUGUGGGCUUGAAUGUUUGGUUCUGAUUUGAUUGAUUGAAUUUAUAUACCACCCUAUAAACUGAACUUUGGAAGGAGGUACUAGUGAAUGUAGAAAGGUAGCAAAGCAAAAAGAGAUGGACAUUUGCCUGAAGAUGCUCAUUUUCCCAGGAAAGCAAAGAAGCAGCAGGUUGCAUAGAAAUAUUUGAAGGAACGAAGCACCCUACAAAAGAGAAGAGGGUUUCUUCAUUGACUUUUAGCCUCAGCUAUGAAGCAACUAAGUGAAAAGGCUCAAAGUUCACAUGGCUUUGUUUUGGGAUAGGGCGGGUCAGGGCUUCACCAUUAGCCAAUCAAGUCAUGCACAAAAUGAUGGGGAGGAGUCAAAGAGUUGCUUUUCUUCCUGUACCAUGUACAGCUUCAUAUUUAGGAAGAUGGCAUAUGCAAGAUUAAAUCUAGGACACAUGUAAGCAAGGUGGGAAAGGAGAGCAACAAUGUUCUGCUUAGCAGAAACUGCAUGUGGUUCUUUGCAAAACCUUUUCUGGUUAGAGGGUGGUAAGUGAUGAGUGUUUUCAGAGGUGGAACCAAGGUGACCAAAGUCUGCCCUGCCUUGAAAAUGGGGGACUAGUUUUGGAAAACCGUUAAAAUGAUAUACACUGAAAUUCAACCAGGGGGAUACGAGGAAGUCACUUGACAAUGUUACUAAGUUUGGUUUAAAUAUGGUUGAGAUUUAUGUUUGUUUGUUAAUCUGUUUAAAAAAUAUUUUGGAAAAUCAAUUUUAAAAAAUUGGAAAAGAAAAAAAAUGAAAAUGGGGCACUUAUCCUAUCUCAUUAACAUGCCUUCCAAGAAUGUGAGUUGCACUGCCAUACUAUAUGAGUAUGCUGAAGGUUGAUCUUCGGCAUUGUACAUCAUUCUGAAGUUGUCAUAUGAAAGACUUACUUGCUCAGGAAUAUUCUAUUUCUACUGAUGUCUUAGGACGUUUAUAGCUGACUUCACAGUUGCCUGCCACAGUUUAUGACUUGCUGGCUAAAGCAGCCCCUUUAUAGAAGCAUGGGGUGGAGACUGGGAACAGAACCACGGCUUGCUUUCUGUGAGGCAAAUGGUAGUGAAUGCUGACAGGAAGAGAUAAUGUUGGAGACAGGAAAUAAGCCUCUUUCCAGGGGAACAAAAGGAGAGGGUGGUGGCUACAUGCUGAGAGGAAGGUGCAUUUAUUCUUGCUUGCUCCAAGAUCACUUCACAAGAAUGUCUGAAUAAGCCUCAGUCAGAUGAAAUCAUAUAUUCUUGGACAACACCUUCCCAUUCAGGCACCAGGAAAGUGGUCAUUUGAAUUCUAAGAAUUUCAAGCUGUCCUUCUGCAGAUGUUUGAGUUGUGAGCAACCUCUUUUUUUAAAAAAAAAAAGUCAGGCUUGUACAUAUCAUGGAUUCUUCUAGAUUUACUAAAUUGCCCAUUUCAUAUUCUCAGGCCAUACUUGAUUAUUGCACCUAGAUAACGAGCAUUUAAACAAGUUCACAAAAUUAGUUUUUAUUGGCCAUUUGAACAUACCCAGAUUAAGCUGCAGUCCUCUACACACUUCAAAAUAAUUAUGGAGAGGACUCAAUGGGGCUUGCUUUUGAGUAACCAUAGGUAUAUACCAUCACAAUGGAUGCUCACCCAUUGACGUAAAUUGGCUUACUUCUCUGACAACACGAUAUUAUGCAUAUUUACUCUGGCCAGUGGGCUUUCCUCUAACGUGUUUAGGAUUGUAGCCUAAGUAAAUGCAUUUAGCAUCCAGGUACAAGUAACUUCAGUAGUAAUCUUAGCUGCCACAGAAUUAUCAAUCAAAUCUGCAGAAUAAUAAAUUAAUCUUAAUGUAUACAAAUUUUUCAAACUGGCACAUUCUCCUUUAUGGAUUGUGCAAUAUAUAUUCCAUUGUGAAUCAAAAUACUGGUUUCUUUAACGCCAGGAGCUGUAAAAGUUUGUGGUGAGUGGCUGCUUCUUUCAACACAAUUCUGUACUCCUCUGUGUUUUAAACAUGUGCCAAAUGAUGAGUGAGAUAAUGUUUGCUCUACAAACACAGGGAGUCUGGGAAGGAGUAGCUUGUAAGGAUGCAAUGCUUGCGAAAAUAUUAUGGCUUUAAACAUAGACUCCUCUUUACCCCGGUUCUUAUCCUCCUCUUAACUAUUCUGAUUGACCCUCACUUUCCUUCGCAGUCAAACUUGGCCAGUGAAAAGUUACAUUUUUUAAAUCAGUGGUUGGCACUGACUGAUGCCAUGGAGUCCAUGUCUUAUGAAAUAGGGGCUGUGUCUUUCUCAAAAAAUAAAUUGGGAGGUAUUCAAGAAUCUUUUCUGCCUAUAAUAAUUCACUGAUGUGCCUCCUAUAACCCUGGGUGGGGGAGUGGGAAGAGUAAUUUAUGAAGGAAUACAAUAGGAGUCUAAAACAAUCUGGCUUGAUUCCCCAGACCCUUGGAGUGGUAUUCAGUGUAGCGGUAUUGUGACAUUUCUCCUUGUGAAUUGGAAAGUUCUCCUCCAGGGUGCAGACAGGAUGAUGGUUCAGGGUGCACACAGGAAGGCGGGUGGAAAUCCCAUUGUGUUAGCAAGAAUUUAGUUGAAUUGCUGAGCUUGGGAGUAAGCCUCAUGGAUUUUUCGCUGACUGAACAUGUAUAGGAUUAUACUGUUAGUGAAAAGUCAAUGUGAAAAGUCCCUGUACCAUUAGGUUUUAAAGCAAUAAGUUCAAGUUGCCAUAUCCUUGAGGCCUAGUAUUUUGGGCUGUUCAUUUGAGUGCAUCAGGUACCUGCUUGGAAACAGGGUUUCCACAGUACUGCUGCUAAAAUCAGUGUUCAGGCCUUCUUGCCCAAAGAGCUUGCCUUUAAUUCCUUCAUCUCUGCUUUCUUUAUAGAGUGAUGCAGGCCCAGAUGCCCCAAGCUUACCUGCCCCACCAACAGGCUGCCCUGUGCCAUAGUCCUCUGGGGUCUCUCACUCCUGCUGGGAUGGAGGCUCUUAUGUCAGCCCAGGCUGCUUCUGCCAGUAGCCACUUGUCCCAAAUGAAAGCCGUGUUGAUGGACAACGAGACGUUGCUGAGAGAGAACGAGAAGCUCCGCAGGGAAAACGAGAUGCUGCGGAGGGAAGUGGAAAACUACGGCGAAAAAGCCAGCUGCAUACAGAAGGUAAAAGAGCAGGCAUAGUAGCUGUUGUUUUCUGAGGAGCUCACUCAACCCAAAGCACUUGCAAGAGAUGCAGACCCCCUUAUGGGUUGCAGCUUUUCCAGGCAAGAUACUCCAUGCCUGACAAUUGCUCCUCAAGGUGCAAGAGCUGGGGUGAGGAACGUCCGGCCCAAGGGGCAGGGUCUGAUGUGGCCAUCUUGGUCUUCCAAGUGUUGUCUGGCUGUACCGUUCACCGGGUCUGUGGUGCUCUCUCAUCUGGUGUAUUUGCUUAGCUGGAAUGUAGCCUUGAGUAGUGAUGCUGCUGCUUGCUUGUCUGGAUGGAGGGUGGAGAGGAGGAUGGGGGUGUUUGUGGAAGCCUCUGGUCAUGUAUGAGUGGAAUGUAGCCCACUAUACAAAGGUAAGAAUUGCAUUCUUUGCUCCACCCACUAUUGUCUCUGGCCCUACUCACCACUGACCUGUAGCCUCUGGGAGGUUGCCCAUGAGGGAAUGUGACUGAGAAAGAGUCACAGCCGCUGUUCUAGAGGUUAAAUCCAUUGUUUGACGUAAGAAAUGGAUUCCUUAAAGCCACUUCUUGACUGCCUCUCUUCUAAGUUGACAUAGCUGGUAGCAAGACUGCCAGCAUGCCUUCCCCACCAUGGCUCCUCCCAGAGGUGCAGCAUCUAUUACCAUCAGCCAGGCUGGCUGAGGAUGCUGGGAACUGUAGCAAACCAGAAAAAAGAGAGAAGAAGCACCUCAGGAUGCUGGAUAUUUUAUUUAUUAAAAAAAUCCAAGCAGAAGCUAUAGGAAAGGGGACAAUAUAUCACAUAAAAUUACAGAGCAUAAGCAUAGGUUUUUGUCCACAAUUUAUAAUUUCUUUGAAGCCUAAAACCAAUGGAAUAAUUUUAUAUCCUCAACAUACAUACUCAGUAUGCAAAAUUGAAGCAAAGAAGGUCUGGAGGGCACCAGUUUUUGUAGGGGAGCUAUGGUAGGAGGGUUGCUUUUAAACUGUAGGGAAGCUUCACAGCUAAAGUUGCUUUCUUUGCAUACUCUGUUGAAAGAACCAGGAAUGUUAAUGCUGGAUUUUUUUUUAGUGUUUCUCUUCCCCAAUAGAGCUAUAGAGCUAGCUUGUAUCUCCCAGUAUGAUUUUAGGACUAGAUGCAGAGACCUGGCUCAGUUUUUAAGGAAGGUAGUCAUGUCAACAAGCUCUGGCCCAUAAGUGUGGGCCGGGGGGGGCCACAUGUGGCCCUUGGAACUCUCCCAGUUUAUACACUUUACUAGUCCUGCUGUACACCCCCCAGGUGUUUUUGCUUGGUUGGAAUGUUCCUUGGAACUCUGAUAAUGCAUCCUGCUUACUUGCUUGCUUGCAUGGAUGCAUGAUAGAACCAUUGGUGUGUUUCUAGCCUACUGUACAAAGCUAAAAUUUACAUUUGUUGCUUAGCCCAGUUUUGACUCUGGUCCUGCCAUCAAAGGCAUGUGGCUCUCAAAGGUUUCCCAAAAGGGAGUGUGGGCCUCAGACUGGUCCCCUUGAUGUAGCAGACCCUCCAAGUGUCCCUGUUUUCCAGGGAUGUCCCUGAUUUAGAGAAGCCGUUCCGGUUUCUGAUUUGAUCCAAGAAUGUCCUGCUUUUCCUUAGGACGUCCCUAUUUUCAUUGGAGAAAUGUUGGAGGGUAUGGUAGGAUGUCCUUAUUUUCAUUGCUGUCUGAAGGCAAUCCUGCAUAGGGAAGUUUUUUUUUAAUGUUUUGUUGUUUUUAUAUAUGUUGAAAGCCACCCAGAGUGGCUGGGCAACCCAGUAAGAGUGUCUGGGGUAUAAAUAGUAAAGUUAUUAUGGAAUGGGACAUCCCUAUUUUCAUCAGAGAAAUGUUGGAGGGUAUGCUGUUGUGAAAGUGUAUAUCCAGGCCAUUAUGAACCAGCCAUUGUGGCUGGGAGCAGUCCUGAUGCUCCCUAGAAAAUGCCUCACAACCCCAGCCUUGUCUUCAGGAGCAUUUCCUGAAAUCCUUUGACUCUUGUCUUUUGUCCCCCAGAACAGCUGUCAUGAAAAUACAUCUCCCUUAAUUUUGUUUAAUCACCCCCCCUCCCCAUUAGGCAGCUGUGAAGCACAAGCACCACAGCACACAACAGGUCUUAAGCUGCAGCAGUUGUUGAGUGCAUAGAAAAGAGUCCAUUCACUUCCUCUAUUAGCAGUUGUGCCCUCUCCCUAUCAAGCCCUCCCUGUUGGGGUCUGCACUAAGGCGAGUCACAGAAAGCCUUUUGUGCAAAGGCGCACAAGGAGAGGCCUGUUGUGUCCCAGCUUCAGCCAAGGGUGAGACUGCUCCCUUUUGAACUAGCGAGUUAUUUGGGGACUGUAAGGGGCACGUGCCAGGGCUGCAGAGGUGGGGAUGCAGAGGGAAUGUGCCAAGCCUGCAAAGGAAAGGGGUAAAAAUGGAACACAUAAUUGGAUGUCAGGACCCUGCCAGCUGGUACUGGGGUGGGGGUGAGGGAAGAGAAAAGGAAAGAGUGCAGAAUAUACAAGCACCAUUUGGAUUUGUCUAGCACUGAUAGCCUCUCUGGGAGAAACAGAGGGAGGGUGAUAGGGUCAAUUUUAUUGCUUGUUUUCAGAAUAAGCGCCAAGCCCUGUUAACUGCUGAGAGCUCAAGCCCCAGCUUAUGCUAAAUAGCUGAGCAAAGCAGCAGAGCAUGGGGCACAGGCAUUUUAGGAAAUCUGAAUUGCACACUGGCUUGUUUGAUUUAUCUUCCAGAUAUUAAGAGAUGGUUGUCUAUAUUCCCAUUCAGUAUGCAAAGUACAUAUCUUGAGCAGUUAUCACUAAGGGGCAUUCAUAUAUCUUCUCAUACAGACUAUUCAUUUUAACUAAAGUCUCUUUGCUGUCUUCUUUAGCUGGAAACAGAGAUUCAGCGAAUUUCAGAAGACUAUGAAAACCUAAUGAAGGCAUCUUCUAAGAGAGAGGCAUUGGAGAAGGCAAUGAGGAACAAGAAGGAUGGAGAGAUGCGGCGGUUGCAGGACUUCAACCGAGAUCUGAAAGGUAAGAUGACAGAGAUGGCCUAGUAUACUUGGUCCCAAUAUCUGUGGAGAGGAGAUUUUUGUUAUAAGAAAGAUGCAUGCAUGACUGAAGCUUCCAAUCCUGUAUACCUUUAAAAUAGAGAUGGGGGAAUCUGUGGACCUUCAGGUGUUAUACUACAACUCCCAUCAUUCCUGUCCAUUGCCCAUGCUGACUGAUACUGAUAAAACUUCAGAGUCUGGCAAUAUCUGGAGUGUCGCAGUUUAGCCUCUCCUGCUUUAAAGCAAACUCCUUAGGCAGGCAGCCGAAUUGCAUGUCUGCUCACCAGAGGCCCUGACUCUAUUCAUAUAAUUGUGAAUGAGCUACAGACUUAUGCAUUUCCUCCUCCUCUUGCAUGUGACUUCUCUAUCUUGUCUGUUAAAUUGUGGGCUCCCAGUUGUGAUUUUGCAGUGUGUAUGCCUAUGGGAAUCUGUUUAGCUAUGAGCUGACAAUAAAGAGGGAAGCUGUGCACAUGAGAGCUGAGGAGCGUGCAAGCCCAUGGCUUAUCCAGUCCUCCAAACCAUUGUUUGGAAAACUUUCCAACCUGCAUUGUUUAGCUUGGCAGACCCUGGAAGCCACAUAAUAAUAAAAAUUAAAUACCUUGGGUAAUAUCACACAUUAAUCAUGCUCUGGAGUAGACCUCCUGAAAUAAAUGGACUUGCAUUACUUAUCAAUAUAUUUCUGUGGGCAUGCUCUUAGUAUAAUUAAUGUUGGAUAUCUCCCCCUAAGUUUCUAUACCCUGGCACUAGAAGAAAAAUAUAAUAAAGAAACCUAACAAAGCAAAAAAUGUGGUGGUAAUAAUAAUAAUAAUAAUAAUAAAUUUUAUUUAUAUCCCGCCCUCCCCAGCCAAAGCCAGGCUCAGGGCGGCUAACAACAAACAAAUAAUCAAACAAUCAAAUAAUCCAACAUUCUAAAACAUUUCAUUAUAAAAAUUAAUUAAAAUCAAAUUAAUGGCAACCGUUAAGCAAAGUUCUGUGCAGGUUGCCAGAGGAGGGAGUCAGGCUGGGCCCUGACCAAAGGCCUGGUGGAACAACUCUGUCUUGCAGGCCUUGCGGAAAGAUGUCAGGUCCCGCAGGGCCCUAGUCUCUUGUGACAGAGCGUUCCACCAGAUUGGAGCCGCAGCCGAGAAAGCCCUGGCUCUAGUUGAGGCCAGCCUAACCUCUCUGAGGCCUGGGACCUUCAGGAUGUUUUUAUUUGCAGACCGUAGGUUCCUCUGUGGGGCAUACCAGGAGGCGGUCCCGUAGGUACGAGGGUCCUAGGCCGUAUAGGGCUUUAAAGGUUAAAACCAGCACCUUAAACCUGAUCCUGUACUCCACCGGGAGCCAGUGCAGCUGGUAUAGUACCGGAUGAAUGUGAUCUCGCAGCGAAGACCCCAUAAGGAGUCUCGCCGCGGCAUUCUGCACCCGCUGGAGUUUCUGGGUCAGUCUCAAGGGCAGCCCCACGUAGAGCGAGUUACAAUAAUCCAGUCUGGAGGUGACCGUCGCGUAAGAGUGUUGAUUCUACUUUAAAUAUAUAUAACAAAGAUUUUCUGAUCCAUCAAAGCGUCAUUGCUAGUAGCCAUGCAACCCUGCCAUUACUGUCUGUAACAGGAAUGGGAAACUUGUGGCCCUUCAGAUUGCUGUUGGACUACAAUUCCCAUAUUUCCUGACCAUUGGCCAUGCUUCCUGGGACUGAUAGGAGUUGGAGUCCAACAGCAACUGGAGGACCACAUAUUGGUAACAGACUGCCAUCACUUGACAGGUUAUACCACUCCUUCCUAUUACUCCAUGAACCUCUGUAUGAAAUAAAUUAAAUCCUGAUUUAUUUAUUUUCUUUCAUUUUGCCACAGAGAGGCUGGAAUCUGCAAACAAGCAGCUGGCCAGCCGGGCACAGGAAAACCAAGAAGGGAACCAAGGGACUAUGGCAAAACUUAUCGCCCAAAGUAAGUCUCUUCAAAAGGCUUCUGCUGUUGUGACUGUAGCUCUAACCUAGUUGGGCUGGGUUUGUUUGUUUUUUAACACUGUGGUCCUUAUUCCUGAUGCUUUCCUGUGAAUGGGUUGGGAAGGGAGGAAAAGUAAAGGUUCCUUUAAGAUUGAAGAGGAGGCGUAUCCUCUCUUGGAAGCUUUUUGCCAUUCCCCAGAGAGCGCUAAGCUGUUCUUGGCACUUAAACUAGAGGCAUUAAUCACCACAGCCAUCAGUGUGACCUGGAUUCUUUGCAUUCCAGUGGCUGUUACGGCUGUUCCAGCACACAAGCUACACUCCCUCUGUUGAGAGUCCUGGGCCCAACUUGUUCAUUCUCUCUCUCCCUCUCCCUCUCUCUCCUUCUCUCCUGCUAUUGUUCUGAAUUUUUUGAAAAAGGAGAGAUAGUUGCCAAUGGAUGGGGAUAGUACUUGUUCUUAAGUUUUCAAUAUCCAACUUAAGGAAAUGCCUUCAGUCCUUGAAGAUUUCUCCUGCUCCCUCUCAGAAGCAGAUCUUUCUUCCUGGCCUUGUAAAUGUAAAACUGAUAUUCUUAAGCAAGAUCCCCUGUGCACAAUGACUCAGAAAUAACUUACUCCCUCAUAAGUUUGUUAGGGCUGCAGUAAAAAGGGAUAUACCCCAAUGGCCUCUUUGUUAGUGGCUCUUCAUUGUUGAAACUAAAUUAUGGACCAAGCCCCAGUCCUUUGCUUGUAUUGAUUCAGCUUUAUAUCAACCCCACUUCUUGUGGCCUGGGAAGAAGCUCCCUUGCUCAGAGUUAUGAGAGUGAGGGGAAGGGAUCUCCAGAACCAAUGCAGGAACUGCCAGAGCUCUGUUCCUCCUGGUUCCUGGUAUGAGGGAGGCAGCUCUGUAGCCAGUCCAGACAUGCACGGUAUAAAACUGCAAACACUUAAGUAGUAUUUAUUUUAGGCAUGUAUAUACAUUGGUUUUCGUGCAAUUCGCUUUUGUGAGGAAAGCGACUACAAAUACAGUUAAUUAUAACAAUAACUGAAGCUUUUCAGAUGACUGUGCCAAGUUCCCACAGGUUUUUCUUUUUGUUCAUUGUGGGAAAUGUGCAUGGUGCCCCCAUCAUGAUCAUAUCAUGGAAAACGAACAGUGUGGGAACACCUAAAUCAGGGCAUUGAUACCUAGGAUCCAUAGUAUAAGAGAGAGCAUCUUGGCACAAAUUGGUACACUCCCCUGCCCCAUGGUGUCAGUCAGCUUCCUGGGCACAGGCCCAAUGUAACCUCCCUCCACCCCCCACAACCCCAUGGAAUAAUUAAACAAGCUAAAGGUCAAUGGCUACUAAGAAUGGAGGCAACACCCAUUUCUCUCCCCAUGACCUGCUGAAUGGCUGCUUUAGUUUGUAGUGGCUAAAAGUUAUUGGUUGAUACUGUGUGGUUGGCUUUUGGCUGUGUUCCCCCCCCCCCCCCAAUCCCAAAUGAUGGAUUGGUUGUAACGACCUUGCCUUUUCCUCAUGCUUCCUCCCAGAUUAUGAGCACCAGCAGGAAAGGGAGAAGCUAGAGCAGGAGGUUGCACGGCUGCACAGCGCGAACGAUGACCAACGCCGGCGGGCAGAGCUGCUGGAACAGGCUCUGAGCAGUGCCCAGGCUCGGGCCGCCAAAACAGAGGACGAGCUGAGGAAGAAACGGGCGUAUGUGGAGAAAGUGGAGAGGCUGCAGCAGGCACUGGGUCAGCUCCAAGCUGCCUGCGAAAAACGCGAGCAGCUGGAACUGCGUCUCCGCACCCGGUUGGAGCAGGAGCUGAAGAUGCUGCGGGCUCAGCAGGUGAGAAGGAAGGCCGAGUUGCAAUCCUAUUUCUUCCCCUUGAAAGAUGCCCAUCAAUUUCACUUUUCCGUAACUUGAAAGGAAAUGCUUAUAAAAUAUUAGAACAGUGGCAUCUCCAACCCAAUAACAUUGGGGGUCCUGAAGCCUCAGGUGGCAAAUUUGGAGCCACAUCCUGAAGAGAUUAAUAUUACAAAUAAUACGAUUAAUAGAUGUGGAUUCCUUUAAAACUAAAAGUGCCCAAAUUCUCAAAAGUUGUUUGGGUUACAGUUGUAUACACAAUAACCUGGAAAUAAAUCCCAGUGGUGUGAAUGGAACUUCUGAGUGGACACAUUUGGGUUUGCACUGUUAAUUCUGGGUCAUUCCCAACAGCAAGCACAUUAUUGUAGGUGUGUUAAUAGGCUGUUUCCACCAGUAGCCCAGAAUGCAAUCUCACUUGGGCCUCUCUUCCUCACUGAUGAUCUAGAGACAGAUGGGAGCCCCUAGUGGAGCAUCACCCGAGCUGAACCCCCACGUGCUCUCUGAGCAGCUGAGAGAAAGAGAAGAGAAGAUCUUGGCCCUGGAGGCUGAUAUGACCAAGUGGGAGCAAAAGUACCUGGAAGAGUGCACCAUGAGGCAGUUUGCCAUGGAUGCCGCUGCCACAGCGGCUGCACAGCGGGACACCACCAUCAUCAACCACUCUCCACGCCACUCGCCCAACAGCAGCUUUGAUGAGGACCUGCUGCUGGCAAACCACAAACAUCAGGAGAUGGAGAACAGGUUAGUCCUGUGUUAGAUGGCAUACAGGGUCACUUGUCCUCUGCUCUGGCCCCAACACAAAGGGAAUGAUUGGUCCCCUUGGCGCACUGCAUGCCUUGAAAAAAUGGCUUCUUUGUUUACAUCCUGCAAAAACAUACCAGAGGGAAGCUUGUGCUCCUGGUGCCUCUGAGAAGUCCCUUAACUAGUUAACAGCAGGAAAACAGAGACAGGGGUUGGAGGGAAAUCUCCAUUGAGCUGCAGGAGAACUAGAGUCCGAAGGCCUAGAAAGGCUUCUGGUCUGAUCCAGGAGAGAUCUUUUUAUGUUCUUCUCCAUUGUUAGGAGUGCUAAUGGCUGCGUGCUACUUUCAGGAUCUGUAUGCCUCAGAAUGUCAGUUGCUGGGGAAACAAUUAUUAUCAUAUAUAUAUUUAUACCCUGCCUUUCAAGGUAGCUUGCAGAUUAAAAACAAGAACCACAAAAUACAACAGCAGGGUUUAGAGCACCUGUCCUGCUUCUGAAUUUUCCAUAGGCCUCUGGAUGGACCAGGAUGCUGAAAUAGAUUGGCUUCCUUUGGUCUGAUCCCACAGGGUUCAUCUUCAGAUGCUUCGAAAAGAAUGCUUCCUGCAUAUUCUGAUGUCACCCCGCCUUUUUCCUCACAUUAUGUUUCCCCCCUCUCACUUGCCAGGUUAAAAGUACUUCAUGCUCAAAUACUCGAGAAGGAUGCUGUCAUCAAAGUCUUACAGCAGCGCUCUCGCAAGGACCCUAGCAAGGCUAACCAGGGCUCCCUGCGGCCUGCCAAAUCUGUGCCCGCCAUCUUUGCCGCUUCUGGUACCCAGUAUUGGCCAGGUGCCUCUGUCAGCGAAAGUGGUUCCCGAGGGAGUCCAGGUAAUAGAGGCUUUGCUUGAUGCUAGACAAAGGGAGGGAGUCUAUAUCUAGAAUGUAUACAAGGGUGCUUUUUCUACUAGCUCCUGUUAAGCUUCCCAUGAAACACUUGAUGGUAGCUAUAUUUUAUAUGGAAUCGGCAUUCUUUAGCACCCACUUGUUAUUGUGCUGCUUAGGAGUCCGUUUCAGGAAGCAAAGCUUGGACACUUGUGGAUGCUCAUGUUCUGGAUAAAAUGCAGAAGAGGGUAUUAGCAUACAGUUCUAGGAACCCCAAAACACACACAAGGGCUUAUUCUUGGAAAGCUCCUCAAAUUUUGCAAACCUCUUCUUACUUCUAUUGUGUUUGCUCAUCUAAAUGGGGCUCCUUUUCUCCUUCCUCCAGCACCCAAAGCCUCAGCAGAAGCAGCCGCCACAUCAGCUUGUGUCCCUCAUGCCUUCCAUGCCAAACACGGCAGCAAAGAUGGGAGUACGCAGACAGAAGGCUUACCCGAGGGGACUCAGUGUGAUGAACCCCAGCCUGAAAGCAGCACCAGCAGUGGUAGUGCAGCAAAUUCCCUAGGUGAGUGCCAGCGGUUGCUCUAACCUACGGAGUGCGGCUGUGAGGCUACCCCAGUGCCUGCCAAUCUCCUAAUGGGCUCUGCUAAUAGCUGUGCUUGCAGUAAACCCUGUGAACUGCCUCCCCACCCCCCACCAGGGAUGCCAGGCAAGGUUCACAUAACUAAGAGGUGAACACAGAGCUGCUUUCAGCAGGCUAAAUGCCAGGAUCCAGAUUCCUGCCAUAGUGACUAAUCAUGAGUUUCGUGCAAUGCGGUACAGGAUUAUCCUCUAGGAGCAGGUGGAGCAGAAAGUGGUGGGGGGGCAGUGUGUUUGGAGGGGGGGAGAGAGGGGAGAUUAAACAAAGGCUUAUGCGGAAAGGCUGCAUUGAUUAAAGCUCCCUAAAUUCCUUAGUAGUCUCUUAGAGACCCUUUUCCACAAUAAAGCCCAGAUGUCCCCAACUUCCCAUUGUUGAAAUAGCUUGGCGCAGAGAGGAAAAGUUCUGAAGGAGGAUUCAAGACAGGAAGGCGAAAUCUUGAGUGUCUUCCUUCUCCUACUCUCCACCCAUCCCACCCUCCAGAGAUGAUGGUACUUACCUCUACCUGUUUUGGGGGGGCUCUUUCCACACUCGGAGCUGUGAACCCAAGAUAUUUAUCCCCUGCCUUGAACCUACAAAGAGAAGGUGCCUAGGCAUGCAUCAGCUUCAUACUGGGAGCUGGAUUUGAUCAGCCUCCUCCAACAUGUGGGUUGAAUGAAUGACAGAUGCCCAUGGUUAGGUCAAUGUGACAUGUGUUUCAUUAGCAUGAGGCAAGCGCUGCAGGUUUUAGUGCCUUGGCCCAUCAAGUUUUUUCCCCCAGCGGGCUGCCUGUUUGCUAAGUUAUUUUUCCAUAGAUGGCUCUUGAGCCUCCCUCACCCCCUUAGUUUCUGUCCUUAGGAUAAAAGGUUCGACUACAGAAGACACACUGAGGUCAUUGAUGGUUUGCACUGCUGCCUUGCAAAGCGUUGCACUCCUCCGCAAAGCACUUUGCAUUAUAACAUGGGCUGUAUUUCUUUUUCCUCGCAGAGAUUUUGCCAGCUGCUAAAGCCGUGGACUUGUCGGACAUGGUGGAGAUUCUCAUCUGA